AUUAUCAUUUUUAGCUGAAUUGCAACGAAAGCCUUCCUACUGGGUGUUAGCUGCUUUCUCCGCUCUUCGAAGCUAAAUCGAAUACCAUACUCAUCAGUAAUUUCGACUCGGGAUUGUCAACAGCUUCGUUUUGAGGUGCAAUGCCCAAGGAAAAACGUAAUCGUCGCUUGAUCAUCAAGUCAUUCCUAGUUAAAGCACACAAAAAUCGGCAGCUAUGCCCUAUUGCUACCUUCAAGUCCUUAGUUGCUAAAUGCCCGGCCACCACCUCUACAAAACUAUUCCUCACCAGUUCGCAAUUUACUUCACCUCUGAGGUGCAGACCAUCCAACGCUGGCUGUCCACGUUAUUACAACUCUCGACUUUCUCCGAUCGUUAAGCAGAUUCUCUAUCACCUGCAAGACACUUUUUAAAGAAGGACAUUGAAUGCCUAGUCCAGCCUUCCAAGUCAGAUUUUGUAACUGUUAAAGCAGCUUCAAUUAUUCUUUCGGAUAGCUUAUCGUCAAUGGAAAGACGU